AUGGAGGGGAACGAAAGUAGCCUGAGCUCUUACUACCACCACCUACAGCCCCACCACCACCACCACCAUCAGCAUCAGCAGCAGCAUCAGCAACACCACACAAGCGGCGGCGCUAUCUCCACCCCCACCGCCGGCAACUCGACGGCCCCAAACGGUAUAUUCUCCAGUCACCACCAUAACGCCGCUUCAUCAGGCCAUUACUCGACUUCUGAAGGGACCCCUCUUAUCUUCCCUCCACAUAGCGUCACCGGUAGAGCACCUGUCGCUACUUCUGCUCCGCCAGAGACCGUAAAGAGAAAGAGAGGAAGGCCGAGGAAGUACGGUACUUCUGAAACAGCAGCUAGCGCUACACCCUCUGCUUCUUCGGCAAAGAAGGUCUCUGCUACUUCUGUUUCUUCGCUUCCUCUUUCUCCUUCUUCUUCUCCUCGUAAGAAGGAGCAGUCUUCGGCUUCGUCUGCUUUGUCUCCUAAGAAAGCCCAAUUGGUUGCUCUUGGGCAUGCAGGACAGGGGUUUACACCACAUGUCAUUACUGUAGCUGCUGGAGAAGAUGUCGCGCAGAAAAUCAUGUCAUUCAUGCAACAACACAAGCGUGCAGUAUGUAUCCUUUCAGCAUCUGGUUCAAUUUCUAAUGCAUCUCUUCGCCAGCCUGCCACAUUGGGGGGAAAUGUGACGUAUGAGGGGCGUUUUGAGAUCCUUUCACUGACCGGAUCAUUCCUGCAUAGUGAGGUUGGAGGAGCAUCCUCAAGAACUGGUGGACUUAGCGUAUGUUUGUCUGGUUCUGAUGGUCGGAUUGUUGGAGGUGGGGUAGGGGGACCAUUAAAGGCUGCGGGCCCAGUGCAGGUUAUUGUUGGUUCCUUUGUGAUUGACACCAAAAGGGAAGUUAGCGGUGGUCUAAAAGCUGAUGCUUCUACUAGCAAGUUGCCAUCACCACUAGUUGGUGCAACAAUCUCAAACCUAGGCUUCGGAUCAUCACUGGAAUCUUCUGGGAGAAUCCCAGUCGGGGGAAGUGAUGAGCAUCAAAACAUUAGCCCAGGUCAUUUCAUGUUACAACCUCGAGGGAUGCAUGUACUUACUGGACGGUCAACUGAUUGGAGGAGUGGCCCAGAUGCUAGAAACAGUAAUGACAUUGAAUUGAGAGGAAGAGCAGAUCGUGGAGCAUGCCAAUCUCCAGUAGAUGGAGAAGAUGAUCAGAUUCGUCUAUAGACUUGUUUUUGGUUAUGGAGGUGCUGAUCAUAUAUCUGAUACCAUUGGUAAAGGAAUUUGUUUAUGAUGGGUUCUUUUAACAACAGUUGAUGUACACCCCUUUUUUAUCAGGAUUAGAACAUGUUCUCUGUACAGGAUACUGGUAGUGUCUAAUCUUUUUUGGCUGUUAGUCUUU